CCCCAAGCCUCAACACCACCAGCCCCAAACACGCUCCCAGUACAUCCGCGUAGCCUCGGAACGCACUGGCUCCCUCGCCCGCAGCAGCAUCCCCACGCCGCACGCAGGUCCUUGCAGCUAACGCGCAUCGGCCCUACUUUCGUUGCGCCAGUACCUUCGGUACUCUACAGCCCGUCGCCGCCUCGUCAUUGCCCAAUAUACCACACGUGGAGCGGCCCAGCCUGUGAAUUAUUACCCGCCUACACCCGCCGGCUCGCGAUCCAGCAGCGGCGCAGAACACUCAACCCUAGUCUACCGCGCUGCGCCUAGUGGAGCGGCAUGGCCACCGCCGAACCGACCUCGAGGCCGAAUGAACGUCAAGCACGUAAGCGGCCCUUCGCGGGCUUCAUGAAACGCCUGGCGAACCUCAACAAGUCCUCCUCCGACUCGCCGAGCGCCUCGAGCAAGAAGAACCAGGCCAGUACGCCGUCGAAGUCAAAGAAAUCCGCAGGCAAGAACAAUCCAUACCCAGAGUCGGGCCACGUCAGCGGCAAUGGAAACACGAAUGGCAAUCGCCUCUCCUUUUCCAGUCCCGUCACCCCUCGCUCGGCCGAGAGCUUCACAUCCGUCGAGGAGGCCCACGACGCUGACCAGCAUCGCGCGCUUGCCAAGAGCAACAAAUCUACCGCUCCGACCGUAGCCACCAAUCCCGAGACAGUCCACUCAGGAAGGUCCAAGGCAGAUACUGGCUUCAGUAACUUGGGCAACAACAGCACCUUCUCGUCGCCGAACCACUCGGAGCGCUCGCUCACCACAACUCUAACGACGAUACAGUCGACCGCACCUUCGAAUGCGCUUGGUGCCGGCAAUGCACAGACAACGCAGCCUGCAAAUGGACCGCCUGUGCAGUUCUCACAUCAAUUCCCAACAUCGCCUCCUCCGUCUGCUAUUCCUCCGCAUCUUGUCCCGCAACAGUCGCACCCGCACUCGUACCAGGCUGCAACAGCGAACAACAUCCUUACGGAUAACGCAUCUAUCCUGACGCUGGCAUCUUCGUCUAAGCGCCGUCGUCGAAAUUCCCUCGACACAAAUGCUUCGGUCCGUGCGCUGGCACCGUCUUCAGUGUGGGGAGGAAGUCGCGAGUCGCUCCCGUUGAGUGUUUUGUCUGGUACGGCCGACACAAUCUAUAGUCCAGCCAGCAGGCCUGGUGGUGUUACCGGCUUCGCCAACGCAGAACGUGCAAGCGUGUAUUCAUCAUCCGGCGUCGCGGCCCCCGCUUUGCCCAGCGAGCGUAACAGCUAUUAUGCAAACAAGCAGAACACGGAUGGGAUGAGCGUUCGCAGCGGAUUGUUAGGUCAUGGCCGCACGGAUAGUAUCAGCGGCAGCAUUGGACCGAACCCCGCAAGCCCGCUUGCCAGCCCCAGAGAGACACCGGGGCCGGCAAAACUGAGUCGACGAAGCUCAGAUUGGCAGGAUGGCGUUGAGGGAAGCGUUGGGGGAGAUGAGGCAGAUGUUCCAGCAAGUCCUGUCUCAACCGAGCACAACGAUAAAGGCAAUGGAAAUGCGGCCUGAUGAGUAUAGUCUAAGAACACAGUUGGUGAGGGAUUUCUAUUUGUGAUGAUACCAGGUGGGUGGGUUGGAAUAGGAAGGUGCAACAGGAACUAGGCAAUGAGGGUGGUACAGGGCCGGCAUCGACAGGCGUUAUAGGGAACUUACGAGGACUGGGGUUGACUUUUUUAUCCAUGCUAUUAUACCCUGAGUGCUGUGAGCGCUUGGUUUUGUCUCUGGUGGGACUUAUACUGAUCGAGUGCUCUGAGCAGCGCUGCAAAUUUUUUGACCCUGUCGCUCAUAGUUCCUUAGAUUUCUUCGUUUCACUUCCUCACCGUCUGUUCAGCACACACUACAGAAGAAAGAGUUGUUGCGUUACUAAUGCCGACAGGACUGGAAAGUUGACAUGGUCCUACAUUCGCUCGUUCUGC